GGCAUUGGUAUAAUUACAUUACUGAAGCAGCUACCUGUGAGGGCCUCUUUCUUCCUCUCGUUAGGACUCCCCUCCCCAUUUGCUGCUAUAUUUGUCUGCCCUCUUGGCCAUAAAAGGCUGGCUAUGUGGCUCUGACAUUCUCCUGCCUGACCACAUGCAUUAUUUUUGAACUGGUCCCCCGGGUCCUGUCUUUAGCCCUGCCUCUUCACUUUUUUUUGGGAUUCAACCGACGUGGGUUUUUCAUUCUCUCAUCCAGCUCCACAGCCACAUCGGAGCAUUUCUACCACCAUCACUCCUUUGAACACGGGUCUCCUGGUUCCUUCCAGGGCACACGAUGUCUCUGCCCUUUUAUCAGAAGCCUCACCAGCACUAUGACAGCAGCUACCGAAACAGGGACCUUCGCAGCACCAUGAGCCAGUACCAGCAGGAGAAAAAAAGUUCUGCCAUCUACACCCAUGGCUCCACGGCCUACAGCAGCCGCUCUGCCACCGCGCACCGCCAGGAAUCCAAGGCCUUCAGCCAGGCGUCCACGGGCUCCUACCAGCAGCAGGCCUCCCAGGCGACUGAAUCUACCCAUGCGUUCGCAGCCAGUCGGAAGACAGCCUCGGCCUACGAUUAUGGCUACUCCCACGGACUUACAGAUUCCAGUCUGAUGUUAGAAGAUUAUUCAUCGAAGUUGAGCCCCCAAGCAAAGAGAGCAAAGAAGAGCCUUCUCUCUGGGGAGGAGAAGGAAAAUCUGCCAAGUGACUAUAUAGUGCCCAUUUUCUCAGGACGCCAAGUGCAUGUCAGUGGAAUUACAGAUACGGAAGAAGAAAGAAUUAAAGAAGCUGCUGCUUAUAUAGCCCAGAGGAAUCUUCUUGCUAGUGAAGAAGGAAUCACGGCAUCCAAACAGUCUGCUGUAUCCAAACAGUCGGCUAUAUCCAAACAAUCUGCUUUAUCCAAACAGUCCGCUGUAUCCAAACAGUCCUCAGUAUCCAAACAGUCCUCAGUAUCCAAACAGUCUACGUCCACUCUUCACCAGGAGGAAGCUUUUGAGAAGAAGUCAAGGAAAGUAACAAUUCGAGAGAAGGCAGAACGCCUGUCGCUGACAAAAACAUUAGAAGAAACUGAGGCAUUUCACAGAAAGUUGAAUGAAGAUCAUCUUCUCCAUGCUCCUGAAUUUGUCAUUAAACCUCGUUCCCACACUGUUUGGGAGAAAGAAAACGUAAAAUUACAUUGUUCUGUAUCGGGCUGGCCUGAACCUCGUGUCACAUGGUAUAAAAACCAGGUGCCAAUCAAUGUCCAUGCAAACCCUGGAAAAUAUAUUAUUGAGAGUCGAUAUGGAAUGCACACUCUGGAGAUCAAUGCAUGUGAUUUUGAAGACACUGCUCAGUACCGGGCCUCCGCGAUGAACGUUAAAGGAGAGCUUUCAGCAUAUGCUUCAGUCGUGGUAAAGAGAUAUAAGGGAGAGUUUGAUGAGACUCGCUUCCAUGCUGGGGUUUCCACCCUGCCCCUCAGCUUUGGCGUGACCCCUUAUGGUUAUGCAUCCAAGUUUGAGAUCCACUUUGAUGACAAAUUUGAUGUGUCUUUUGGAAGAGAGGGCGAGACAAUGAGUCUAGGCUGCCGUGUAGUUAUCACUCCUGAAAUUAAGCAUUUCCAGCCAGAGAUCCAGUGGUACCGAAAUGGAGCACCUGUUUCUUCAUCCAAAUGGGUUCAAACACUUUGGAGCGGAGAUCGAGCAACACUGACAUUUUCUCAUCUCAACAAAGAAGAUGAAGGCCUUUACACAAUCCGUGUACGAAUGGGAGAAUAUUAUGAACAGUAUAGUGCUUAUGUCUUUGUUCGAGACGCUGAUGCAGAGAUUGAAGGCGCUCCAGCCUCUGCCUUGGACGUGGUGUGCUUGGAUGCCAACAAAGAUUACAUCAUCGUCUCUUGGAAACAGCCAGCUGUGGAUGGAGGGAGUCCUAUUCUGGGAUAUUUUAUUGAUAAGUGUGAGGUGGGUACAGAUAGCUGGUCUCAAUGCAAUGAUACACCUGUGAAGUUUGCUCGUUUUCCAGUUACUGGGUUGAUAGAAGGUCGUUCUUACAUAUUCCGAGUUCGAGCUGUGAAUAAAAAUGGAAUAGGUCUACCAUCUAGAGUUUCUGAGCCUGUGGCUGCUCUGGAUCCAGCUGAGAAAGCUAGACUUAAAAGUCGACCUUCAGCACCCUGGACUGGGCAGAUCAUUGUCACUGAAGAGGAACCUACAGAGGGUAUUGUUCCCGGGCCCCCCACAGACCUCUCAGUCACAGAGGCUACCCGGAGCUAUGUGGUGCUAAGUUGGAAGCCUCCUGGCCAGCGUGGCCAUGAGGGCAUUCUGUACUUUGUGGAAAAGUGUGAUGCAGAAACAGAAAACUGGCAGCGGGUGAACACAGAGCUCCCCGUGAAGUCUCCCCGCUUUGCUCUGUUCGACCUGGCUGAAGGGAAAUCCUACCGUUUCCGCGUCCGCUGUUCUAACUCAGCAGGAAUUGGUGAGCCCUCAGAGGCAACGGAAGUGACCGUGGUAGGGGACAAACUUGAUAUCCCCAAGCCCCCAGGCAAAAUCAUCCCAAGCAGAAAUACAGACACAUCAGUGAUAGUUUCGUGGGAGGAAUCCAAAGAUGCUAAAGAGCUGUCCGGGUACUACAUAGAGUCAAGUGUUGUUGGCUCUGGCAAGUGGGAGCCCUGCAACAACAACCCUGUGAAGGGUCCACGAUUUACUUGCCAUGGAUUGGCGACUGGUCAGAGUUAUAUCUUCCGGGUCAGAGCCGUGAAUGCAGCUGGACUUAGUGAAUAUUCCCAGGAUUCAGAAGUGAUUGAAGUAAAAGCUGCUAUUGGGGGAGGCGUGUCUUCAGAUGUGUGGCCUGAAAUGAAUGAUACACCUGGUGGACUAACAGACUCCAGGGGAGGCAUGCAUGAAGCCUCCCAGCCAACCUUUAAGAAAGAUGCUUUGCUUGGUAGCAAACUUAACAAACCUUCACUACCCAGUAGCGCUCACAACCUGGGCCAAACAAAAGUGAGUAAAGUAAGUGAAACAGUUCAGGAAGAGCUUACCCCAUCACCACGGAAGGCAGAUGUUAAGGGGAAAAGUAAGUCUGACCCUCUGAAAAAGAAGAAGGACAUAGCGGCACCAUCUCCUCCCUGUGAUAUCACUUGUCUUGAAAGUUUUCGUGACUCGAUGGUUCUUGGAUGGAAGCAACCAGAUAAGACUGGAGGGGCUGAAAUUACUGGCUAUUAUGUGAAUUAUCGUGAGGUAAUUGACGGAGUACCAGGAAGAUGGAGAGAAGCCAACAUCAAAGCUGUCAGUGACGCGGCAUAUAAGAUUAGCAACUUGAAGGAAAACAUGGUGUAUCAGUUCCAAGUGGCAGCCAUGAACAUCGCUGGGUUGGGAGAGCCCUCAGCAGUAAGCGAAUGCUUCAAAUGUGAAGAGUGGACCAUUGCUGUUCCAGGACCCCCACACAGUGUCAAAUAUAGUGAAGUCAGGAAAACUUCCCUGGUUCUGCAGUGGAAGCCUCCUAUCCACUCUGGAAGGACUCCGGUCACUGGUUACUUUGUGGACUUAAAGGAGGCCAAGGCCAAGGAUAGCCAAUGGCGAGGACUCAACAAGGCAGCUAUUAAAAACACGUACCUGAGGGUACAAGGCCUCAAGGAGGGCGUCAGCUACGUGCUCCGUGUCCGAGCCGUCAACCAGGCAGGUGUUGGCAAGCCGUCAGACCUUGCUGGGCCUGUUGUGGCAGAAACCCGUCCAGGAACCAAAGAGGUUGUUGUAAAUGUGGAUGAUGAUGGAGUAAUUUCACUGAACUUUGAAUGUGAUCAGAUGGCUCCAAAUUCUCAGUUCAACUGGUCCAAAGAUUAUGUAUCCACUGAGGACUCUCCACGAUUAGAGGUUGAAAGCAAAGGCAACAAAACGAAAAUGACCUUCAAGGACUUGGGGACGGAAGACUUGGGCAUUUACUCCUGCGAUGUAACAGACACUGAUGGAAUAGGGUCAAGCUACUUGAUCGAUGAAGAAGAGCUGAAACGUUUACUAGCUCUCAGCCAAGAACACAAGUUCCCAACUGUCCCAAUUAAGUCAGAGUUGGCAGUUGAAAUUUUGGAGAAAGGCCAGGUCCGGUUUUGGAUGCAGGCUGAGAAGCUGUCUGGCAACACCAAAGUCACCUACAUAUUUAAUGACAAGGAGAUUUUUGAAGGACCGAAAUAUAAGAUGCAUAUUGACCGAAACACUGGCGUAAUUGAAAUGUUCAUGGAAAAGCUACAGGACGAGGAUGAGGGAACAUACACUUUCCAGCUUCAAGAUGGGAAAGCAACCGGCCAUUCUACUCUUGUUCUCAUUGGAGAUGUUUAUAAAAAGCUCCAGAAAGAAGCCGAAUUCCAGCGGCAAGAAUGGAUCAGGAAACAAGGUCCUCAUUUUGCUGAGUAUUUGAGCUGGGAAGUGACCGGUGAAUGUAAUGUACUAUUGAAAUGCAAGGUGGCAAAUAUUAAGAAGGAGACUCAUAUUGUGUGGUACAAAGACGAGAGAGAGAUAUCAGUGGAUGAAAAGCAUGACUUUAAGGAUGGUAUAUGUACCCUGCUUAUAACAGAGUUUUCCAAGAAAGAUGCUGGGAUUUAUGAAGUUAUCCUGAAAGACGACAGAGGAAAAGAUAAGAGCAGACUGAAGCUUGUGGAUGAAGCCUUUAAAGAACUGAUGACUGAAGUAUGUAAAACAAUAGCUUUGUCUGCUACAGACUUGAAAAUCCAGAGCACAGCCGAGGGCAUCCGGCUGUACUCUUUUGUUACUUAUUACCUGGAUGAUCUGAAAGUUAACUGGUCCCACAACGGGACUCCUAUUAAGUACUCAGACAGAGUUAAGAGUGGGGUCACCGGGGAACAGAUCUGGCUGCAAAUUGGUGAGCCCACUCCGAAUGACAAAGGGAAAUAUGUGAUGGAGCUCUUUGAUGGCAAAACUGGACACCUGAAGACAGUGGAUCUUUCUGGACAAGCAUAUGAUGAAGCCUUUGCUGAAUUCCAGAGACUAAAACAAGCUGCCAUUGCUGAGAAAAAUCGUGCCCGAGUUUUGGGUGGACUCCCCGAUGUGGUCACCAUCCAGGAAGGCAAGGCGCUUAAUCUCACCUGCAUCGUGUGGGGCGACCCAACUCCAGAGGUUUCCUGGUUAAAGAACGAGAAGCCCCUGGUCCCAGAUGACCACUGUAGCGUCAAGUUCGAGGCCGGCAAGACUGCCUACUUCACCGUCAGUGGGGUGAGCACUGCCGACUCUGGCAAAUACGGGCUGGUUGUGAAGAACAAGUAUGGAUCAGAGAUAAGCGACUUCACUAUCAGUGUGUUCAUCCCGGAAGAGGAGGCAAGGAAGGCCACUGAGCAGCCCCAGAAAGGCAACAAGAAGGCCAAGUGACCAGGAGGCUGCGCGAGGGGAGCUACGCUGAGCUGCCUUGUGUUACUUGUGUGCGAAUGGCUUGGGUUAAGUGUAAGGAAGCCUUCCUGCUUUCUACUCCCUAUUUUUGUGCUGGCUCGGGGGAAAAUUGUCACAUCUCUUAUUCAUAUAAAAAAGCAUCAACUAACAACAUUUUAAUAGUUUUUCUUUAUCUACAAAUUCUGCAUUAAGAAAAUGCCAUUGGUAGCACAAAUAUUAGGAAACGGUUUUAAGGAAAAGACCAGAAUAAAGCCAGAGGGAUGUUGAAUGAUGGUCAGAGAGGAGAUGAAUGUGUUGUGGAACAGUGUUGGGCUUGGCUAGACUUUUCCCAGGAAAUCCUCAAGGGUUGCGAUCAUACCUCAGCAUCCUGUCAAAAGGGGGACAAAUUGUUAAGCCAAGCAGUAUGUUUUGUGUGUUGUUAAUGAUAGUGACGUGCAUUUCUGUUGGCGGUCUUGUGAUUUGGAGCCUCCUCAGUAUUAAUAAACAGUCCUCACACCUCUCCUCUU